AAACACCCCCAAAUAGAAAUCUAAGGAAGAAAAAGUGGUGGGGACUGGGGAUGAUCAGAGAUGGAGUGGUAAAACUCUUUCCUGAAAAACUUCAAACCCUAGCAAGCUGAUAAACAAUAAUGGUGUUAUGCACGAUAAGCUUACGACGAUAAUACUCAUGCCAAUCUAUCGUCAUCGUUGUCUCCUCUCUCGCCUCCAGCGUCGCCACCUCUCCCCUCUACUUACCCGUAUUCUAGACCCCCCACCACAACCCAACCACAACAACAACCACAACCACCCUCUCCUAUCCCGUUCUUAUCACCAUUUACGUCCCAUUUCAGACCGACGCCUUCUCAAUCCCCCCUUUUCAUUACAACGCCCUGUUACCCCCGAUUCUCCCCCCUCCACCAUCAUUUCAAAUGACGCUAAUUAUCGCUAUUCUAUUCACCGGAGUUUUAUCACUAGACCUAAAAAAAUUAAGAAGAUAGAGGUCGAUGAUCAUAGUCAGCGAGCUGUUACCACAGCCUUGUGGUGCAACUUUCUCGUAUUUUCACUCAAGUUGGGGGUCUGGCUAUUCACCUCAAGCCAUGUCAUGCUGGCUGAAACUGUCCAUUCUGUUGCAGAUUUUGCAAAUCAGGCACUUCUUUUAUACGGCUUAAACAGUUCAAAACGUGCUCCAGAUGCUCUUCACCCGUAUGGCUAUUCCAAGGAAAGAUUUGUCUGGUCUUUGAUAUCUGCUGUUGGAAUCUUCUGUCUUGGUUCUGGUGCCACAAUUGUAAAUGGAGUUCAAAAUUUAUGGACUUCACAGCCACCUGGAAAUAUAUUGUAUGCAGCUUUGGUGAUUGGUGGCUCAUUCAUUAUUGAAGGUGCUUCACUUGCUGUGGCUGUGGAUGCUGUCAGAAAAGGUGCAGCUGCAGAAGGCAUGACAAUUAGAGACUAUGUUUGGCGUGGACAUGAUCCCACAUCUGUUGCAGUCAUGACAGAGGAUGGUGCUGCAGUUACAGGACUUGUGAUUGCAGCUGCAUCAUUAGUUGCUGUGAAUCUGACAGGCAAUCCUAUCUAUGAUCCCAUUGGUUCAAUCAUUGUUGGAAAUCUUCUUGGAGUGGUGGCUAUAUUUCUUAUCCAAAGAAAUCGGCAUGCACUGAUUGGUAGAGCCAUUGAUGAUCAUGAUAUGAAAAGGGUUCUUGAGUUUUUGAAGAAUGACCCGGUUGUAGAUUCUGUAUAUGAUUGCAAAAGUGAGGUGAUUGGGCCUGGUUUCUUUAGAUUUAAAGCAGAAAUAGAUUUCAAUGGAGUGAUAUUGGUACAAAACUAUCUUAGUAGGACUGGACCUGAAGGAUGGGCUAAGAAGUUUCGGAGUGCUGCAAAUGAGGAGGAUGAUGCUGAAAUGCUUAAGAUUAUGUCCUUAUAUGGUGAAGAGGUGGUAACAGCUCUAGGGAGUGAAGUUGAUAGACUUGAGAAGGAAAUCCAGGAAAUUGUGCCUGGAAUUAGAUGUUGA